CCAUUCUCGAAAUUUUUCCAAAUCCUCAGGACACAGAAUCACAGAUGCAACGCUGACCACAGCUUUAUCAAUGGCGACCGAAAGCAGCUCCUCCUGUCAAGAACCCGAAACGACCUCUCAAACCCAUCUUCCCACAGAAGAUUCUCUCUUACUGCCGGAUCUCCUGCCGGAAUUAAUCGUCGAAAUACUGUCGCGGCUUCCCGUCAAGUCUCUGUUGCGAUUCAGGUGCGUUUCUAAAUCCUGGCGUUCUUUGAUUUCUCGACCCGAAUUCGCGAAAACCCAUCUCAGUUUAGCAUCAAUGGGCACUGAUUAUACCCACCACCAUAGACUCAUCCUAAGCUAUCCGUAUCCCCAUACUGAUGUCAAGUCAUGCUCUCUUUACUCUAUUUUGAAUGAGCAAUGUGAUACUGCUGUUGACCUUGAUUUCCCUUCGAAAGUAUCUAAUCAUCGAGGAACGAUUGUGGGUUGCUGUGAUGGUUUAGUGUGCGUUGCAAGUGAUAGGGAAGUAUUUAUAUGGAACCCGUCUACUAGGAAAUCCAAGAGAUUGCCAGAUGUUGAAAUUCCGUCCCCAUACCAUUACAUCGCGAUGCAUGGUUUUGGCUAUGAUGAGUCUAUUGAUGAUUACAAGGUGGCGGUAUUUUCUUGUGAUGCUAAUAAUUAUAAUAGGGGUUUUGAGGCUGAAGGGAAGGUGUAUUCAUUAAGGACUAAUUCGUGGAGGAGGAUUGGAGGCUUUCCUCGCUGUCUUCAUAUGGAUGUAUCAGGGACAUAUUUGAACAGGGCCCUCCAUUGGAUUGUGAGUAGGGAGUCCGAUGCUAUUAUUAUUUCUCUUGAUUUGGCGGAGGAGACUUAUGGAGAGGUUUUGCUGCCUGAUUAUGGAGAUGGUCAUUUGUGUAGGAGCUUCUUGGAUGUUUUAAAUGGAUGCCUCCGUAUAGUAUGUGCCUAUCAUGAGUACGUUGAUGUAUGGGUGUUGAAGGAAUACGGUAUUCGAGAGUCUUGGACCAAGUUGGUUGUGAUACCUCGUGCAAUACCUCGUGCGACCCAUCCGUUGGGUCGUCAUUACCCCACACCAGUCUGCAUUUUAAAGAAUGAUGAAGUUUUAGUGAACGUUUAUACACAUUUAGUUCGGUACAAUCCCAAAGAUGGCACAUCUAUUCAUCUUCUGAUUCGUAAUUGUUCAGAGCAGUUUAUUGUCUAUCCCUACAUUGAGAGCCUAGUCUCGCCAGACAUUGAUGUUGACAGUGGAAUUCAGUGGCAGCACCAGUACUCAAGGGAACAACGGUAAAUUAGAUCAUAUUUCUUGCUUGGUUCCUCAAAUAAACCCCACAGAGAAGCG